AUGUCCGCUGAGUCCGACAAUAACCUUGGUGGCUAUAAUGCCUUAAGAGCGUCUAUUUACAGUACAAGUCAGCCUGGCCACCCCGAUCCUUCAAACGCUCAGGGCUACACCAUGGGCCAAGUUGGACACCUUGAACCUUCCAACAGUAGUACCGUUGGAGGUGAGAGCCUACUGGCGUCCUCGUGGAAGUUUCUUAAAUGUUCACAAGAAGACUUCAAUCCACAAGCUUUUGCUGCUGUUCUUGAUGUUAAGUACUGGAUUACAUUGGCAGCCAACAGUCCAUCACAGACAAGCAAAGAAAAUGUUAGCGGGUUCCCAGAUUACGGUGCUGGAGGCUACCAACCCUCCACUACAGUUCCACCUGUCCACUCUUCUAACAGCCACAUGUCCGCUGAGUACAACAUUAACCCUAGUGGCUGUGACGCCUCCCUUACAGCUUCUGUGUGCACCGUUAGCCAUGCUAGCCAACCAGACUCUUCCAACACUUCUUUCCCUCUCCCACCUUCCUCUCGUCAACCUACACUCCCACCUCUGUACAUUCUACCUUCUACCACUUCUACAUCCGGCAAUUAUUUCAUCAUGCAAAUGACAGAUGGCAGCCAGGCGUGUCAAAUGGUUCCCAUGAGUCUCGCCCAUAGUCAGCUAAACCGCCCACCUGCAUCACAGACAUUCAAUCCAAAGUUCAAAUCCAUUUGUCCAGAGUGUGGCAUUACAGCGACAACAAAGGGGCAUCUCAAGAGACAUCUGAAGUGCCAUGGUUCAAAUAAACGUUACAAAUGUCAAAUGUGUAGCUGUGCUUUUAGUCGAGCUGAUUACCUCAAACGCCACGUUGCAGCUGCACAUCCGAAAGACUAG